AUGGGACGCGAAUACAGACACGCAGGAGUAACUGAGAAGGGCCCGGAGCUUCUGUUCGAGGGGUGUACUCUGCUGGAAGAUCUCCAUUUGGACUGUUCGCGGCGUGCUACCAUUCCUCCGUCAAUCGACCGACUCACUUUGCUCAGGAGCUUAAACCUCAGGGCAAGCGUCACACAACUUCCCGACACCUUCACCUCGUUGCAGUCUCUCAGAGGCCUCGAGCUGCAAGCUUACAAUCUCGCGGCUUUGCCUCGAGAUCUCGGCAAUCUGGUUUCGUUAACGUCGCUCAAGUUAAACGGUUGCCGCUCCCUGGCCUCGCUUCCGGAAUCUUUCGGGGAACUAUCCAAUCUGAACCUUCUAUCCGUGUGGCAAUGCUCGAUGCUGCAGCAGCUGCCGCCUUCUCUCACCAAGCUUUCUUCACUCACCGUCCCAGAGAUUCGACAUUCCAACUUUCUCCUUCCGUCGCCCGUCAAUUUUCCUCAACUGUGGAGGCUCGAAACCCUGAUUCUGGACGAAGUGACAGGAUUGCGCGACCUCAUUGCGGCCCUUGAGCAUCUGUGGCGACUCAAGACUCUAGUGAUAAAAUGCUGCAGCGAUUUCACGUCUCUUCCCGAGUUCCUUUUCCGUCUGCCUUCUCUCACCAGUCUCACCCUUGACAUGUCACGACUAUCGGCUUUGCCUGACGAGAUUGGGCGGUUGUCAAAGCUACAAACACUCACGCUAGACCUGAGGGAGCUCACAGCGCUUCCUGAUUCCAUUGCUCUUCUUACUACGCUCCUAGAACUUUCCAUCGAUGAUUGUUGCGACCUGCCGUCUUUGCCCGAGGACUUCGGGCAGCUGAUUGCCCUUGAAAAACUCCGCCUGAACAACCUUCACCAGCUCACACGCCUGCCUGAAUCUUUCGGGCAGAUGACGGCUCUCCGGGAGCUGGAAAUUCUCGAGUGUUGGCAGCUGCAGCAACUUCCAGACACCGUAUCGCAGCUAUCACACCUCGGGCAUCUGGAGAUGAGAAGUUGUCUGCGUCUCACGGCGCUGCCGGAUGAAAUGGGGAACGGCAUGCAGCGUUUGCGUUAUCUGCAUCUGGAUCACUGCUCAUCCCUCACCCACCUCCCCGCGUCCUUUUCCGCCCUGAUGUCCCUCAAAACCUUCAAGAUCGUGCAAGCUAAACGCUUCACAGGCACCCUUCUAGACGGCUUCUGCUGCUUGAAAAGCCUCAAGGAGUUGAUGAUUCAAGACAUGCCGCGCCUAUCUGCCCUUCCUGCCUCCUUCUCAGGCGUCUUUUCACUCACCAGCCUGGAGGUUAUAAAUUGCCCUAAAGUGACGGUCCUGCCUCAGGGGAUCGGACGGCUGGAGGCGCUCGAGGUUGUCAAGAUCGCACGGAUGGACGGCCUGAAUCACCUCCCUGCGUCACUAGUUGAGCUGCCCCGAGUGCGGGUGUUGGAGGUGCGGGUAUGUGGUAGGGUUGGCGCACUGCUAGGGGAUGAGUUGGCGGUCAAACGCACUGCCAAGAGUUCUUCUGCAAGCUCCAAUAGCAGCAGCACCAGCAGGGUAUAUCCCCCUCCCAGCAGCAGCAGCAGCAGCAGCAGGGUCUUGCUUCCAUCCCUUCGGAGUCUCAAGGUGAAGUCUCUUCCUUUCCAGGCCCUUGGUCCGUCCCUUGGCCAGCUUUCCUGUCUAACGAAGCUGAAGCUCCUAGAGAUGGACUACCUUACAUCACUCCCCGAAGCCAUCUGUCAACUUUCGCGCCUGAAGAGGCUCCGGAUAGAUGCAGCUGGAGAGUUGGAGGCGUUGCCUGACGCCUUUGGAGGGCUGGCAGGGCUGCGUGUCUUGCAGCUGGUUCACCUCGAUACAAUAAGGCGGCUGCCUGAGUCUUUCGGGCAGCUGAAGAUGCUUGAGACGCUGGAGAUUAUUGACUGCUACAGGCUGAUGAAACUUCCAGGAUCCUUCGCAAGUCUGUCGACGUUGCAGUUCUGCACGCUCACCAAGCUUGGGAUUUCGAGAUUUCCAGGAAAUUUCUGGGAGCUGUCGUCCCUUCAAGAGUUGGUGCUCGUGGGGCUGAAGCAGGUCCGCAGCUUGCCAGAGUCGUUUGCGAAGCUGCCCAAGCUGCAGGUGCUGCUGGUGAUUGCGUGCAACAAGCUGGCCCGGGUGCCGUCUGCUAUCCGGAAAAUGCCAACGUUGCGUGAGUAUGAUAUCAGUGAGUGCCCUUGGGUCUCGUGGCGAGACAGAAGGGGCCUUCGUGGAAGAGAGAACGAGGAGGACGAGGAGGAGGGGGAGGGAGUGGCGGGUGACGAAGGAGAUGAGGAAGGAGGGGAGGAAGGGGGGAAGGAAGGGGGGGAGGGGGCAGAGGGCGAGGAGGGGGGAGAUGUGGUGGCGGAAGGGGAAGAGGCGGACGGGGAGGGGGAGGAGGGUGCAGGGAGUGGUGGUGAGGACUGGGAGAUUAACCAUGAGUAUGGCUUAGACAGCGAAAAUGACCGGGAUGAUGAUGACGGGGGGUGGGGGGCGAGCGACGAGGAUGAGGAGUAA